GCGCACUCUAACCAAUCACGUUGCCGCUUCUUACUUUCCGCACCAGCUCGAGAGACACGUUUUCAUUCAAGAUGGCCGAGGCUGCGUUGAAGGAGUUGGCGUCUUUGGAGAAAUACCUGGGACUCAAAAAGACAAAUAAAUACAGCACUAAAGGAGAACGAAAGGUUCCAGUUCUUCAGACCAAAGAUGGCCAGGACAUAGUGGGCCUCGUGACCAUUGCCUGUCAUUUAGUGAAAGCUGCAAAGCAGGAACAGCUUUUGGGACGCACCCGCGAGGAGAGCGCAGUCGUACAGCAGUGGCUGGAGUACAGAAUAGUGCAGCUCGGAGCCCCGGGAGCCAAGGAGGAGAGCAGAUCAACCCUCCGGGACCUGAAUGAAUACCUUGAAGAUAAGGUGUACUUUGGAGGCGACUUCCUCAGCUUGGCCGACAUCUUGAUGUACUACGGCCUGCACUCCUAUAUGGUUGACCUUACAGUCAAGACCGAGAGAAGUUUGUGAAUGUGACCGAUGGUUUAGCCACAUUCAGCAGCUGCCCAAUGUCCAGCAGCACCUGCCUCGUGUCCACAUCAUGAAGAACAGAAUUUACACCAAUGUGCACUAAUUAAGGUGGAAAGAGAAGAGAAUCCGAGGAGUGUUCAGCGUAGAAGAUCACCUGCCGUGGUCCUCGGUGCGGUCACUCGUGUCCUCUUUGGGUGGAGGGUAGCGAGUGGGGCGACACGUCAAGUCUUAAGCGGAGUUUUCCUCGAGUGUGAGCACAGGAGCAGAAGGUGACUCGCGCCUUUUCAUUAGACGUCCGACUGAGAUUUUUUUUUUUGGUCCUUUUGUGCCCCAUUUUUGCCAGAGUAGCUUGACGUCCAGGGUGGACGCUCCUCAUUUCCAGUCCCUGGCAGCAGUCGGAGGCCCGUUGUCCUUUUAGGAACUUUUGCCCUUGACGGGAGUCUGGUUUUGGGACACGUCUGCUUCGGUGUCUUCCUGUGAUCCCCUUUUUAAACAGUGACUGGGCUCUGGACCACAGCUGGUGGUCUUCUUCGCUACUCUGCUGCUCAUCGGAUUUCCUCAAAUGCAGCUUUUCACCGCAGGUUGUGGCAUUGAUUUUUUUUUUUUUUUUUUUUUUUUUUUUCUGGAAUUUGACCAUCCAGUGAGACCACCAUAGGUGUUGGCAGUAAACCCUCCUGACGUUUUAUUGUCUUUUAAUUGUUCAUUUCAUCCUCUAUUUCUGCAUUAUUUAUUUGGGACCGUUUGCUUUUUCUAUUGCCAAUUAAAAGGUAUCAGAAGG